AUGCGGGGUGGUGGGACACGGCUGGUGUGGCUGCUGGUGCUGGCACUUGCCUGCUGGAGCCUGGCACUGGGGGGUGCGGAGGAGGAAGAGGAUGGGGAGGUGGUGGUGGACAGGGAGGAAGAGGAGGAGGUGCUCUCAGAUGAGCUGAAGGAGGAAGAUGACGUCCUGGUGCUCCACCAGAACAACUUUGCCCGUGCCCUGAAGGAGCACCAGCUGCUGCUGGUGGAGUUCUACGCACCAUGGUGUGGGCACUGCCAGCGCCUGGCCCCUGCCUUUGCCCAGGCAGCCACCAUGCUGAGGAACGAGUCCAUCCCGGUGCGACUGGCCAAGGUGGAUGCCACGGCACAGGUGGCCCUGGCCAAGGAGUUCAACAUCACCUCCUACCCCACGCUCAAGCUGUUCCAACACGGGAACCGCACCCACCCCCUCGCCUACACUGGACGCAUGGACACUGAGGGCAUCGUGCGCUGGACACAGCGUCGGGCCGGCCCCAGCGCCACGCUGCUGCAGGACACCGACACCACUGCUGCCUUCAUCAGCUCCCAGGACUUGGUGGUUGUUGGCUUCUUCAAGGACCUGGAGAGCAAGGUGGCCCAGGUGUUUUACGAGGUGGCCGGCGAGAUGGUGGACAUGCCCUUUGGUGUGGUGGAGGCAGCUGAGCUCUUCAAGGAGUACGGGCUGUCUGCUGAUACUGUCUGCCUCUUCAAGAAGUUUGAUGAGAGAAGGACAGACUUCCCUGUGGACCCUGUGCAGGGGCUGCUUGUGGCCGAGCUCACCCAGCUGCUCCGUGUCCACAGCCUGAAGUUGGUGAUGGAGUUCACCCCUGAGACCUCCAACCAGAUCUUCAGUGCCAAGAUCCCCCACCACAUGCUGCUCUUCCUCAACAAAUCAUCACUGGCACAGCAGGAGCUUCAGGAUGGCUUCCAGGCAGCUGCCAGCACCUUCCGGGGUGAGGUGCUCUUUGUGGUGGUGGAUGUCAGCGGGCACGGCGCUGAAGUCCUGUCCUUCUUUGGCAUGACCCCUGCUGACACCCCCACCCUGCGCCUGGUCAGGAUGGAGAACAACAGGAAGUACCGGAUGGACCAGGACAGCUUCACGGCCAGGGACAUCCAGACCUUCAUCCGAGCAGUGCUGGACGGGAAGGUGAAGCCCCACCUGCUGAGUGCAGAGCCCCCUGAGGACUGGGACAGGCGGCCCGUCAAGGUCCUGGUGGGGAAGACCUUUGAGCAAGUGGCCUUUGAUGAGACCAAGAACGUCUUUGUCAAGUUCUAUGCACCCUGGUGCUCCCACUGCCAGGCCAUGGCAGCUGCCUGGGAGGAGCUGGGCGAGCGCUACAGGGACCACGAGGACAUCAUCAUCGCUGAGAUGGACUCCACGGCCAACGAGCUGGAGAACAUCACCAUCAGUGGCUUCCCCACCCUGCACUACUUCCCUGCAGGACCGGGCAGGAAGGUGGUCGAGUACAAGAGUGCUCGAGAUGUAGAGACCUUCUCCAAGUUCCUGGAAAAUGGAGGGAUUCUGCCUGAGGAGCCUCCUGUGGUGACCAAGACCCCUGAGAACAGCACGGGCAGUGAGGAGCUGAGUCUGCUGGGGACACCUGAAACCCGGGAGGAGCUGUGAGCCCCAUCCC